UGGGACCCAAGGGCUGUGCCUCUGGACCUCAUGGCCACCUCGGAUCCCUCCUCCUCCAACACCGCUCAGGAUCCCAACCCAACUAAUUUACGACCCACAACCUAUGACACCUGGUGUGGUGUAGCUCAUGGCUGCACGAAGAAAAUCGGGCUCAAGAUAUGCGGCUUCCUGCAGAGGAACAACAGCUUGGAAGACAAGAGCCGGCUGGUGAGCGCGCUCAAGGAAAGGCAGAGCACCCGCAACCUGCUGGCUUGCGAGAACAGCGAGAAGGAAGGCCGCUUCCAGAAGACGGAGACCGACUUCUCCAACCUCUACGCCCGGGAUUUACUGCCAGCCAAGAAUGGUGAGGAGCAAACACUUCAGUUCCUUCUGGAAGUGGUGGAAAUUCUCCUGACCUAUGUGAAGAAGACUUUUGAUAGGUCCACCAAGGUGCUGGAUUUCCAUCACCCUCAUCAGCUCCUGGAAGGCAUGGAAGGCUUCAACCUUGAACUCUCCGACAAUCCGGAAUCCCUUGAACAGAUUCUAGUGGACUGCAGAGACACUCUGAAAUAUGGAGUAAGGACAGGUCACCCUCGCUUUUUCAACCAGCUUUCCACGGGGCUCGAUAUUAUUGGCUUGGCUGGGGAAUGGCUGACCUCUACAGCUAAUACAAACAUGUUUACGUAUGAAAUUGCACCUGUUUUUGUACUCAUGGAACAAAUAACACUUCGAAAAAUGAGAGAGAUUAUUGGAUGGUCCAAUAAAGAUGGCGAUGGAAUAUUCUCACCUGGUGGUGCUAUAUCCAAUAUGUAUAGCAUCAUGGCUGCCCGCUAUAAAUAUUUCCCGGAAGUCAAAACCAAAGGCAUGGCUGCAGUGCCUAAACUGGUCCUUUUUACCUCAGAACAUAGUCACUAUUCAAUAAAGAAAGCUGGAGCUGCACUUGGAUUUGGUACUGAAAAUGUGAUUUUAAUAAAGUGCAAUGAAAGGGGCAAAAUAAUACCUGCUGAUCUAGAAGCCAAAAUCCUGGAUGCCAAACAAAAGGGAUACAUUCCCCUUUAUGUGACUGCAACUGCUGGUACAACUGUUUAUGGAGCCUUUGAUCCUAUUCCAGAGAUAGCAGACAUCUGUGAUAAGUAUAAUCUUUGGCUCCAUGUGGAUGCUGCCUGGGGAGGUGGGUUACUGAUGUCUAGAAAGCAUCGUCACAAGCUGAACGGUAUAGAAAGAGCCAACUCCGUCACAUGGAAUCCACACAAGAUGAUGGGAGUCCUGCUGCAGUGUUCUGCCAUUCUUCUUCGGGAAAAGGGUAUACUUCAAGGUUGCAACCAGAUGUGUGCAGGAUAUCUGUUUCAACAAGAUAAGCAAUAUGAUAUCACCUAUGACACUGGAGACAAAGCAAUACAAUGUGGACGCCAUGUGGAUAUAUUCAAAUUCUGGUUGAUGUGGAAAGCGAAGGGUACAGUGGGAUUCGAAAGUCAAAUCAACAAAUGUCUUGAAUUGUCAGAAUACCUCUAUAAUAAAAUUAAAAACAGACAAGAGUUUGAGAUGGUUUUUGAAGGAGAGCCUGAACACACAAACGUUUGUUUCUGGUACAUUCCGCCAAGUCUCAGAGGGAUGCCAGACUCUGAGGAAAGAAGAGAAAAACUACAUAGGGUGGCACCCAAGAUCAAAGCUCUAAUGAUGGAAACAGGUACCACAAUGGUUGGAUAUCAGCCUCAGGGAGAGAAAGUCAACUUCUUCAGAAUGGUGAUUUCAAAUCCUGCAGCCUCCAAGUCAGAUAUUGACUUCUUGAUUGAGGAAAUAGAACGAUUGGGGGAAGAUCUGUAA